GAGCUCUGCUUCGGAACCGGGGUCUGAGCCCUGUGUUUCUCAUGAAGUCCAGGUCGUUUGAGGGGCGUCCUGUAAAAAUGACCUGAUAAUGCUUUGUAAUGUGGCUGAUGAGUAGACGACCCUGACUCCUCUCAGUUUUGUGGUCAUGGUGCGGGUUUCUAACUUUUUGGGGGCUUCUUAUAAUUAAAUAGAGAGUGUAUUUCUCAUGAACUCUCUGCUAUCAUACAAAGAGUGCAAGAGAAAGUACGGUCUCAACUUGAUUAGAGGUAGCCAUCCAACACGUGGGACAUGUGAGCUGUAUACAGCACACUGCUCACUCUAUACAGCACAGUGCUCCUGUAUACAGCACACUGCUCACUGUAUACAGCACAUUGCUCACUGGAUACAGCACAUUGCUCACUGGAUACAGCACAUUGCUCACUGGCUACAGCACAUUGCUCACUGGAUACAGCACAGUGCUCACUGUAUACAGCACACUGCUCACUGUAUACAGCACAUUGCUCACUCUAUACAGCACAGUGCUCACUGGCUACAGCACAUUGCUCACUGGAUACAGCACAGUGCUCACUGUAUACAGCACAUUGCUCACUGGAUACAGCACAUUGCUCACUGUAUACAGCACAUUGCUCACUGGCUACAGCACAUUGCUCACUGGAUACAGCACAGUGCUCACUGUAUACAGCUCACUGCUCACUGUAUACAGCACAUUGCUCACUCUAUACAGCACAGUGCUCACUGGAUACAGCACAUUGCUCACUGGAUACAGCACAUUGCUCACUGGAUACAUCACAUUGCUCACUGGAUACAGCACAUUGCUCACUGGAUACAGCACAGUGCUCACUGGAUACAGCACAGUGCUCACUGGAUACAGCACAGUGCUCACUGGAUACAGCACAUUGCUCACUGGAUACAGCACAGUGCUCACUGGAUACAGCACAUUGGUCACUGGAGCUUCUUAAACUGUCAGGAUUGUUUUGGCUGCAGUUUGUACGCAUUGUUAGACAGAAACACACACUGAAGGAAUUGAUAGAUGUUUCAUAUCCUGUAUCUAGUAUUUGAAUCCACAUCUGUUUUAGAUGAACUGAAUGAAGCAGGUGACUUGGGAAAGUGUUUCGUCAUUGCCAUGCUCAUGCUGUUAAUGGUUUCUUCUCUUUUUAGUGUCAACACUUCCCAGACAGUCGUGAUAACAAAGG